AUGGAGCUCGAAGUUGCUCAAGUUGUAUCCAAAGUAACGGUGCACGACUUUGUCCUGGACUACUGUGACAGAAUGGAGUGGGCUCCAGGAAAGAUGGAUGACAGUCUCUACUGGGCAGUUGGUCAGGGAGCAGGAAUUUAUGUGGGCACACUAAAUGAACAGCCCAUUACCGGUGUGGCCAUAUUUCAGCACAAUGAGAGCUAUGCCUUUAUUGGUUUGUAUUUCUGUGAGGAGCAACAUCGAGGCAAAAGCUAUGGGCUCAAAACCUGGAGAGUGGCUAGAGCAUCUUUGAAUCCUGACAUCAAUCUGGUUUUGGAUGCAGUACCUUCUGCAGUUUCGUUAUAUGAAAGAGAAGGCUUCAAAAGAGCAUGGACAUCUAGUUUCUAUGCUCUCUCGACCAAAACUAUUGUUCAAGAAUAUUCGAAGCAUCCGGCUAUUUUGCUGCGUAAAAGGGAAGUUUGUACUGUGCCUGCUAACACUGUUGAUUUUCAGAAACUGAAAUCUUACGUUGAAAAUGUGAUUGGUAUUGCAUUUGCUCGAUCUGACUUUCUUAAUCUGUGGAUAACCUUACCAUCGCACACAGCUCUAGCUGCCCUGAAUGAGAGCCAAGACGUUGUAGGUUUUGGUGUGAUUAGAGAAACAAUCACACUUGACAAAAAUGGCUAUCGUCUCGGACCGCUUCUUGCCGACAGUGGUGACAUUGCUCGAAUUUUACUCUACACAUUAGCCAAGGAUGUGUGUCCUAAACAGAAAUUUAUUAUUGCUGCUCCUGCUGAGAUCAACCCCGAAGCCAAUAGAAUAGUGACAGAACUAAAUACAGAUUGUGUGGAAGAGGGUGUAAACAUACGUAUGUAUACCAAAGCCGAUCCACCAAUUAUAGCUGCCAAGUAUUUUAGCGUGUUUUCAGGUAACAUUGUUGGAUGAAGAGUUUUAACCAUUAUAAUUUUUGAGGGACUCUCACAAGGUCCUCACUACAUGUACACUGUACCUUUUUGUAGUAAUGUGCAUAGUGUUUACUUUUAGUUGUGUUAAUUAACUCAUUUCCUGUGGUUAACUUAAUUUACUUCCUGUAUUGUACUUUUCUGUUAUUGUGGUUUCUGUUUGUUAGUAGGUUCUUUCUGUAUAGUUGUUCUUUGUUCCCUUUGUGCCUAGCUAUAGGGGUCCGCUCCAGGCGGCUCUUUGUGUAUGGGAGCCUCUGCUCCACUGCCUUUUGUCUUGUACAUACUUAUACCUUUGUUCUUGUGCAGUUGUUGAAUACGAUUUCACUAAACUCAAAUGUACUUUUAAAACAUUAUUUUAUUAGUUAUACCUUAUCAUACUCAUUGUCAUGCUCCCCUUCCUCCCUUUGUUGGUUGUGCGAGCCUCUGGGGCCCCCGCUCUACAUAUUAUUUACCUUUUUGCCUCACUUCACUUUACCUGUAUUGUCAGUUGAUGUUUUGCUUCUCGAUCUAAAAA